ACACCACGUCUACAAAUGAUCCCUCCCGGAAGUUCUUCGCUCUGGUCUUAGCUAGAAUCCGUUCACUUCCGGGUCACCUUUUCCGUUUUUCGCCCUCCCUUUUCUCGUACGGACACGCCGCAAGUGAAAGCCGGCGCGUCUUCGGCCACCUCGCAGCUUCGCCUCCCGUGCUUGUAGAUCGAGCCCCGGCCUCGGAGAUGUUGCUGCGGCGCUGGCGAGGCCCUGGUGCCUGUGGAGGCUGGUUGGCGGCGGGGCUGCUGCUCUUGCUGCAGCUCAGCGGGUCGGUCCGCGCCUCGGAGAUCACCUUCGAAUUGCCCGAUAAUGCCAAGCAGUGCUUCUAUGAGGAGAUCGUGCAGGGCACCAAAUGUACCUUGGAAUUUCAGGUAAUUACUGGAGGACACUAUGAUGUUGAUUGUCGCUUAGAAGACCCAGAUGGGAUUGUGCUAUAUAAAGAAAUGAAGAAACAGUAUGAUAGUUUUACUUUUACCGCAUCUAGAAAUGGAACAUACAAGUUUUGUUUCAGCAAUGAGUUUUCAACUUUCACACACAAAACAGUUUACUUUGACUUUCAAGUUGGAGAUGACCCACCUCUCUUUCCUAGUGAAAACAGAGUCACUGCACUCACUCAGAUGGAGUCCGCAUGUGUUUCAAUUCAUGAGGCUCUAAAGUCUGUCAUUGAUUAUCAGACACAUUUUCGACUGAGGGAAGCACAAGGCCGUAGCAGAGCAGAAGACUUAAACACGCGGGUGGCUUAUUGGUCAAUAGGCGAAGCCAUCAUUCUACUUGUAGUUAGCAUUGGGCAGGUAUUACUUCUCAAAAGCUUCUUUUCUGACAAAAGAACCACUUCAACUCGUGUUGGAUCAUAACCAGCUUUAAAUCCAUUGUUUGAAAAAUAUAUUAUUAUUUGAAUGAUUUCUAGUUAAAGAACUUAAGUACAGGGAACUUUUUAAAUACCUUUAGCUUUCUCACUUCAAAGUUCUGAAAUUCAUACUUCCAAAAGCUGUCACGGAAAAAAAAGACAGUCUUUUAUUUGUUAUAUAUUUGGGUUUUCUUUCACAUCUGCUGAGAUAUCUAAUGAUUGCUAUUUUUUUUUUUAAAAAAAGAGAGUUGUUUGUAAGUACAUAGUGCUUUAAGAAAAUCCUUUAAGUGGUUAAUUAAAAGAUUGUCCUUAUGAAUGAAAAAAAUCUGACCUUGCAAGUUGAAAUAUUGAAAUGAAAACAAAAACACAUAAUUAACAGUAGUCUCAAAGUCUUGUACUGCACUGUUUUGAGGGUCUAUGGAAAUUCUAGGGUCUUGAAUAAUUUUUUGGGGUGUCUGUAUAUAUAUAUAUAAUUUUACUGUACCAAUUUUAGAGUCCUGGAAAAAACAUUUUUCUGUGCAUUGAAGGGUUAUUGUUUUUGCAUUUUGCUUUUUAAAUUAAAUAAUGGGGGAAAUGCCUUCUAAUUCUUGAAGCUGAGUCUUUGAGGAUUGCUGUUAUUGCUGCCUUGAGAACUAAAUCAGCUUUGAUGCAAACCAUCUAAAUUUUAGGAAUCUGAUGUUUUCACUUGAUAGGACUAAGCAAAAAUGCACUGGUUUAAGUAACUUGCAGUUAAAAUUUAGCUUUGUACUCUCUUUAAUAUUAAAUCAGAGCUGUUCAACUGUAUGCCCUUUAGAUAUUUGUAACUAUAAUUCCAAUAAAUUUUAAAGACAGGUCAGUAAUCAGGAGAGUUACAAUCUAAGAGAUCUGGAGACUACCAUGUUAAAUAAAGGAUUGUAUGGCCAGAAGUGGCUUGAGUGUUUUGGUCUAAAUAAUUGAUUUAUUAAGCAAUGUAUGCAGAUGCUGGAUAUAUGUGAAUUAAUUUGCUGAUUAAACAUUCUAAAUUGAUGGGGGACAGUUUCUCGCGUGUACUUACAUACUGUAUUGCCCUAUCCUACCAGCUUUAUGCUAAGAGGGUAUUUUUUCAAGAACCUUACAAGAUUUGGGAGAAUGAGGGAUUUUGCAAUAUAAUUGCUAGUUCUAUUAUACCUGCUUUCUAAUGUCCCAAAUGCUUUUAUGGGUUUUUAAGGUUGCACACUCUUAUUUCAGAAUACCCAAAAGAAAUUAACAUUACCACCAUAACCAUACACAUUAAAGGUAAAUCUCAUUCCUCUUAGUAAAACUGGAUCUUCUAAAUGGAUAACAAGGCUUGUCUGAGAGGAUGAAGAAAAGUUGUAGUUGCAAA